CACUCUAACUGUGGAGCACCCGCGCUGGGCUGCAUGGGGACUGGCUGGAGGGGGAGGGCCGGGGAGGGGGUAGGCAGAGCUUCAGGAGGAGAUGAGGUGAAAGUAAUUGAUGCUGCCCAGCCAGCAGUGGAGGAGGCAGGGGAUGCGUCAGUGUCGCCCGGAGCCGGCAGAGGUGUGAAUGAGAGGGGACACGCACACGCCCGCCAAGUGCUCACCCUGGGAUGGCCGCGGCUCAGGGACCUGUGGCCCCCUCCUCCCCAGCACAGAAUGGUGCUGUGCCCAGUGAGGCCACCAAGAAGGACCAGAACCUCAAACGAGGCAACUGGGGCAACCAGAUCGAGUUUGUACUGACGAGCGUGGGCUAUGCCGUGGGCCUGGGCAAUGUCUGGCGCUUCCCGUACCUCUGCUAUCGCAACGGGGGAGGUGCCUUCAUGUUCCCCUACUUCAUCAUGCUCACCUUCUGCGGGAUCCCACUGUUCUUCAUGGAGCUCUCUUUCGGCCAGUUUGCAAGUCAGGGCUGCCUGGGGGUCUGGAGGAUCAGCCCCAUGUUCAAAGGUGUGGGCUACGGCAUGACGGUGGUGUCCGCAUACAUCGGCAUCUACUACAACGUGGUCAUCUGCAUCGCCUUCUACUACUUUUUCUCAUCCAUGACGCCCGUGCUGCCCUGGGCCUACUGCAGUAACCCCUGGAACACGCCCGACUGCGCCGGCGUGCUGGACGCCUCCAACGCCACCAACGGCUCCCGGCCUCCCGCCCUGCCUGGCAACCUCUCCCACGCACUCAACCACACCCUCCAGAGGACCAGCCCCAGCGAGGAGUACUGGAGGCUCUAUGUGCUGAAGCUGUCAGAUGACAUCGGAAACUUCGGGGAGGUGCGACUGCCCCUCCUUGGUUGCCUGGGUGUCUCCUGGGUGGUCGUCUUCCUCUGCCUCAUCCGAGGGGUCAAGUCUUCAGGGAAAGUGGUGUACUUUACGGCCACAUUUCCCUAUGUGGUGCUGACCAUCCUGUUCAUCCGUGGCGUGACCCUGGAAGGAGCCUUCACGGGCAUCAUGUACUACCUGACCCCGCAGUGGGACAAGAUCCUGGAGGCCAAGGUCUGGGGGGACGCCGCCUCCCAGAUCUUUUACUCGCUGGGCUGCGCGUGGGGCGGCCUCAUCACCAUGGCUUCCUACAGCAAGUUCCACAACAACUGUUACCGGGACAGUGUCAUCAUCAGCAUCACUAACUGUGCCACCAGCGUCUACGCCGGCUUUGUCAUCUUCUCCAUCCUGGGCUUCAUGGCCAAUCACCUGGGCGUGGACGUGUCCCGCGUGGCAGACCACGGCCCUGGCCUGGCCUUCGUGGCAUACCCGGAGGCCCUCACCCUGCUGCCCGUCUCCCCGCUCUGGUCCCUGCUCUUCUUCUUCAUGCUUAUCUUGCUGGGGCUGGGCACGCAGUUCUGCCUCCUAGAGACGCUGGUCACGGCCAUUGUGGAUGAGGUAGGGAAUGAGUGGAUCCUGCAGAAAAAGACUUAUGUGACCUUGGGCGUGGCUGUGGCUGGCUUCCUGCUGGGCAUCCCCCUCACCAGCCAGGCAGGCAUCUACUGGCUGCUGCUGAUGGAUAACUACGCGGCCAGCUUCUCUUUGGUCGUCAUCUCCUGCAUCAUGUGUGUGUCCAUCAUUUACAUUUACGGGCACCACAACUAUUUCCAGGACAUCCAGAUGAUGCUGGGAUUCCCACCGCCCCUCUUCUUCCAGAUCUGCUGGCGCUUCGUCUCCCCAGCUAUCAUCUUUUUCAUUCUCAUCUUCACGGUGAUCCAGUACCAGCCAAUUACCUACAACCACUACCAGUAUCCAGGCUGGGCUGUGGCCAUCGGCUUCCUCAUGGCUCUGUCCUCUGUCAUUUGCAUUCCACUCUACGCCCUGUACCAGCUCUGCCGCACAGAUGGGGAUACCCUUCUCCAGCGUCUGAAAAAUGCAACCAAGCCAAGCAGAGACUGGGGGCCCGCCCUCCUGGAGCACCGAACGGGGCGCUAUGCCCGCACCAUUCCACCCUCUCCUGAAGAUGGGCUUGAGGUCCAGCCGCUGCACCCAGACAAGGCCCAGAUCCCCACGGUGGGCAGUAACGGCUCCAGCCGUCUGCAGGACUCCCGGAUAUGAGCACAACUGCCGGGGGAGUGCCCCACCCCCGCCCCGUGCUCCCGCCACAGAGACUG